CAACACUGUAUUUUUUCUAUUUGGGUAUUUUUCUAAUUCUCUUCUGCACCUCUUUUCUUCAUUUUAAUUCCAAUUCAGUAGAUGUUGGAAUGAAAUUUGGAAAUCUCCAUAUAUAAAGGAUAAUUCCGGUAAGGAAUUUAAGAUCAAAAGCAACCGAAACUGAUAAACUGGAAUCAAAUGUUUAACGAAUUGCAAAAUAUGGAGAAUACUAACCCUGGACCCAUAGACGAAAAUCACACUAAUAACGUUGAUCAGAGCUUAUUUGAAGCACCGGGUACUUCGUCAAAGAGGCAACUUAAUGAUGAUGAUGAAAAUAUGCCAUCAAGUUCCAAAAGGAUUAAAUCAUCGAAAGCUUCAUGGAUAUAUGUGGAAUCUAAGAAUGCAGUGCCAUUUGACAUCUUCGAUUUAGCAAACGAACUAGAAGCAGCGUCUUCUGAACUUGAAGAAUGUAUAACUGCUACUUCAAUUUAUUUACAAAACAUCUAUAAUUCACUUAAGGAAAUCAACAAACUACUCUUGACUCUAAUGGAUCGAGUCUAGCUACAACAUUAGAUUUCUUUGUAAAAAUAACAAUCGUGUCGAAAACAUUUCAUGUUCGAAU